AUGCCUAUACCGUGGGAAUUUAUAACAGGGAAGUUGGCUAUAGACAGGGAACUGGUUCUAGACAAGAGGCUAUCGGAAGAUCAAGUUCACAAAUUAAAGAUUGAGAUUGAUAAUAACCAUCUUGAAUUAUCUUCGAUUGACUUGCAUCAAUUACCAAAAUCUGCAUACUUCAUACUUGAAACAUUACUUAUUUCUGCUAACGAUGAGGAACAAUUACUUGAAAUCAGCAAACAGUUGAUUAAAUCAUUGGAGAUACCGGAUCAUCAAUGGAAUUGGCUUGAGCAUGAUUUUGACAUAGUAUCAAGUAACUAUUAUAAAAUAAGAAUCUUGCGUAUAUUGGUUGAAAAACUUCACCCCAAAUCUGAGGAACUGGCAUGGAAAUUAGUGAUUGCUCUCUCUUAUCAUAUCAAUCCAAAUGUGCCUUGGAGCAACAACAUGAAUUCAGAAAUCUUAAAGGAUGUAUUGAACCAAAACGGCAUUCAGGAGUUAAUCGAAAAGAACAUUUUGAAUUUCGUAUAUGAAGACUUGAAACCAACCCUUUUGACGUUUCAGAAAAAUUUGAAAAAAUCGGAUUUUUCACUUGCAAACCCCAAUGUUUCGGGCUCAGGUUAUGCAGUUGCUAAAACUCACAACAAGUCUUUAUUGCAUGGUGGUCUCCGACCUAAAUUGGGCUUCUCUGGAAUAAAUGAAAGCAUCAAUAGUGAAGAUGUAAGGAAAACUUUCAAGACAUCCUCGGAUAUCCGGUCAUUAUCAAUGGUUUGGUUCACCAUCUACGUUUCUUCGUCCAAGUCUCAUUACAAUGAAUACUGGCCCUUAAUAACAUCGUUCAUCUUAAAUGUGUUCGAUGAUCACGAGGCCUUGUUCAAGGUGCAAGGUUGUAAGCUUUUAAAAUUUCUCGUUGAAAAGUUGCAUCCAAUUCCCGGCCAAACCCAUUUCCUAGUUAAAACUGGGUUACAGGAUUUAUUCAUCGAAUCUGUUAAGAUAUGCUUAUCUUAUUUACCACAAUUGACCCCCGUAGAGGAGUCAAUAUUUAUUUUAUCAAAUGCAUACCCAGUAAUUUAUGAGUUGGUUAGUUUGAAUGAUGAAUCGAAGGAAACAUUAAGAGAAUUCGUGGAUAUCAUCAAUGGGAACAUCUUAACUUCCAUUUCUCAUAUUCAAGAUAGAGUGGAUGAACAUAUGGUAGACUUGAAUAUUCUCCUCAUACAACAAAUUGGUGUAAUUAUAGAAUUUUAUUUGAAAGAAAACAUUCUCGUUUGUUUAUCAAGAGUCAACUUUAUACUCAGUCAAACAAUCACCAGUCCUUUCACGAUAGAUAAGACCAAGGGAACUCAGCUCAUCGAUGCCGCCAUACAAAUUCAAUUAAAAAUAUUAAGAGCCGUGCAAAGUUUAAACGAUCCCGAAGCUAUGAGCUUAAUAUUAAACUAUAGGUAUGAUUUUUUGGCUGCAUGGACCAUACUAAUCAAAAGAUUAGAAAAAACUAGUUAUGAAUUUGAUACUAGUAAUAUCAAAAUUGCAUUUCAAGUAUUGAAAGAUAUUUGCAAGUCCAUUAACAAAUUAGAGGAGUUAAAGGAUGACGUACAUAAGAUAAGUACGCAUACUCCUCAAAUAAAUGAAAUCUUCUCUAUUUAA